AUGUUUCUGGCCGGCCGCUUCUUCUCUGGCAUGUCCGCGUGGGGGUUCUUAAUUGCGACGCCCGUGUUUCUUGCCGAACUCGCACCUCCUGAUCUUCGAGGCUUCUACACCGGCCUCGUCGGCGUUCAUAUUGGCCUUGGGUAUCUCCUCGCUGCUUGCACUGGCCGCGGGUUUGCAACGACUGCGGGCAACUUGAACUGGCGAGGCCCUCUUGGAGUGUACCUGGUGUUCCCAGGCAUCAUGAUUCUGAUCACUCUCUUGUCGCCGGAAAGUCCAAGAUGGUUGUUGAUCAACGGCAAGGCCGAAAAAGCUCGGAAUAUCGUCUUCAAGAUGCACACUGUGAAAGGGAAUGAUGAGUUUGCUCAAGCGGAGUUUAUCGAAAUGGAAAAGCAGAUUGCCAUCGAUCGCACGCUGGAGACCUCUUGGCUCUCCAUGUUUACAAAGCCUUCGUAUCGUAAACGCACCUUGAUCUGCGGCUUCUACUGUUUCUGUGGACAGUCCACUGCGGUUCUGGUGAUCAACAAUUAUGGCCCUACCUUCUAUUCGUCUUUGGGUUACGGCACGCUCGAGACCAUCGACUUCCAAGUCGGGUGGGUGUCUCUCGCUGCACCCUUCUGCCUCCUAGGGGCCAUACUUCUUGACCGCGUCGGACGACGCAUCUUACUCCUCAUCGGUAUCGGCGGUUGCUGCAUCUGCCUCUCCUUGGAAGCAGCCGCUUCUGCGAGUUUCACGGCACACCCGCACAACCUUGGCUUUAGCAAGUUCGGCGUGGCUGCACUGUACAUGUUCAAUGUGUGCUACAACCUAGGCGUUGACGUCGGCGGAAACGUCUUCUACGCCGAGGUCUUCCCCAACCACAUCCGGGACAAGGGCGUGGCCAUCACGAAUGCAGUGCUUGCCCUGUCAGACCUGGUCUACCUCGAAGUGACCCCGACAGCCUUUGCCAACAUCGGCUGGAGAUUCUUCCUCGUCUUCAUCUGCAUCUCCGCAGUCGGAUUCGUGAUCCUCUUCUUCAUUCUCCCCGAGACGAAGGGCAUUCCUUUGGAGGAAAUGGGCAAGCUCUUCGGUGACGAGCACGAGACCAACAUCUACUAUCUCGAUAAUCCUCUUCAGAUUACUGCGAGUGGGCAUGAGGGGAAAGGCAUCGAUGAGGGCGCAGAGGAGAAGCACAGCGGCGACAUUGAGAAAGGAGACCGGGCCCUCCACACGGAAUAG